ACAACACUAGCUAGCUAGCUAGCCGUUACACAUUUUUGCUCAGGGAACUACGGCACACUUUGCUCAGUUUUGGGGUCAGCGUUGUUUCAAAACAAGCGGGCUAGUCUGUUGUUCAACAAGCCAGCGAUGUCCGCGAGCUCGAAGAGGAGAAGGGCCACUUCUCCCUCCAGCAGUGUCAGUGGAGGAGGGGACCUGGACGAUGCCUCCUCUACACCGGGAAGUGGCAGAAAAAGAAGAAGAAUCUCAAAUGUUCCUCCUGUCGAUACAGUAAAUUCACUUGAUAUUGCUGUCUGCCACGAGCUGUUCAAUGCUGUCAGAGACCACAAGGACGACCAAGGGAGACAGUUUAGUGAUGUUUUCCAAAGGGUACCAAAGAGAAGGAAUCAGCCUGAUUAUUAUGAAACGGUGUCCCAGCCAAUUGAUAUGACAAAAAUUCAGUAUAAACUGAAGUCAGAAGAUUAUAAUGAUGUGGAGCAGCUUACUGCAGAUUUCCAUCUUAUGUUCAACAAUGCCAAGUCAUUCUACAAGAGCGACACAGAGGAGUAUCGAUCUGCAUGCAAGCUGUGGGAGGUAUAUUUGAAAACACGGAAUGAGUUUGUGCAACCUGGAGAUGGAGAUGAAGAUGAUGAAGAUGGUGAUGAUAUGAUGGAUAAUCCAGGAAUGUCAACUGAAGAUGAGACCUCAACUGGCAAUUUGAAAGAAUUGUUUGAGCAACUCUUGGAGGCUUUAGUGUCACACGCUGAUCCCUCAGGGCGUCUGAUCAGUGAACUGUUCCAGAAAUUGCCCUCCAAAGUGCAUUACCCAGACUACUAUGCCAUUAUUAAGGAGCCAAUAGAUCUGAGAACAAUCGCUCAAAGAAUACAGAUUGGAUACUAUAAAAGUGUCAAUGCGAUGGCCAAGGAUGUGGACCUGAUGGCCAAAAAUGCCAAAACGUACAAUGAACCAGGAUCUCAGGUUUUUAAGGAUGCUAAUACCAUAAAGAAAGUCUUCAUCCAGCGAAAGACUGACCUUGAACAUGCUGAACCCACUAAAUCUAGUCUUCGCAUCAGAAAUCGCAGGUCUGGCCAGGGCGAUCAACUUUCUGGCGUCAGUGUCGCUCUCCACUAUGGUUCAGAGAGUGAGGAUGACCCGGUGCUCUCUGGCUCCGUCUGCUACGACGAGGGAGAGUCAGAGGCUGAGAGUCAGAGUUCUAGCAUGGAGAUGAGUAACCCGAUAUUCCAGCUGUAUGAAGCUGUGAGAGGGGCCAGGAACAACCAGGGCCAGGUCUUCUCUGAACCUUUCCAGCACCUUCCCUCUCGCAGGGAAUAUCCUGACUACUAUCAGCAGAUCAAACAACCUCUCGCCCUGCACCAGAUCCGGGCAAAAAUGAAGAACUGUGAGUAUGAAAAUGUGGAGCAGAUGGAUGCUGACCUGACUCAGAUGUUUGAGAAUGCAAAGCGCUACAACAUGCCUAACUCAAGCAUUUACAAACGGGCCUUUAGGCUUCAGCAGAUCUUGCAGGCAAAAAAGAGGGAACUUGUGAGGAGGGACGAUGAGGAUGGAGACAGCAUUCUGUCGUCUGAUACAGGGAGCAUCAAGAGGAAAAGCCACAAGAAAAAUGUCAAAAAGAACAGAAUGAAGAACAUAUACACCGCAGUGAUUGAGUCUCGGGAGUCAGGCACCAAUCGCCGCCUUUGUGAUCUGUUUAUGGUCAAACCAUCCAAGAAGGACUACCCGGACUACUAUAAAGUCAUCCUUGAACCGAUGGACCUGAAGACCAUUGAGCACAACAUCCGCAUUGAACGCUACGCGACCGAGGAUGCUUUGAUGGAAGACAUGAAGCUGAUGUUCCGAAAUGCCCGGCAUUACAAUGAAGAGGGAUCUCAGGUGUAUAAUGAUGCUGAUGUUCUUGAGAAGAUACUGAAGGACAAUUGUAAGGAGUUGGGAACUUUGGCUGAAGAAGAAGAUCUGGGAUCUCCCAAACUGAAACUAAGGAAGAUUGGUGUCUCUCCAAAGAAGUCCAAAUACAUCACUCCUCUUCAGCAGAGGUUAAAUGAGCUCUACGAUGCUGUGCGAAACUUCACUGACCGCCGAGGUCGGCGUCUUAGCACAAUCUUUCUUCGUCUGCCGUCUCGUGCCGAGUUGCCUGACUACUAUGCCACUAUCAAGAGACCCAUCGAUAUGGAGCGCCUCCGAAGCCAUAUGGCGGGCGGGCGUUACCAAGACGUUGAAUCACUGGUGGAGGAUUUCUCUCUCAUGUUCAACAAUGCCUGCAUUUACAAUGAGCCAGAGUCUCUCAUCUAUCGGGAUGCUCUAGUGUUGCACCGGGUGCUGCUGGAGACACGCAAGCAGCAGGAGGGAGGCGAAGACUCCGGACCUCCAAAUGUGGGACAUCUGGUGCGAGAGCUGAUCAGGAACCUGUUUGUUUCCGUGCUGGGCCACCAGGACGAAGAGGGCCGAUGCUACAGCGACUCUUUGGCUGAGAUCCCUGCUGUCGAUCCAGCCGCACCUGAAAAAACGCCGCAAAACUUUGAUGUCAUCAGAGUGAAUGUGGACCGUGGUCAUUACAGAAGACUGGAUGUCUUCCAGGAACACAUGUUUGAAGUGAUGGAGAAAGCAAGGAGACUACACAGGACUGAUUCUGAGAUAUUUGAGGAUGCAGUGGAGCUACAACAGUUUUUCAUUAAGAUCAGGGAUGAGCUCUGCAAGAAUGGAGAGAUUCUGCAGUCAACUUCACUCAACUACACGUCAAAACACCUGCACAGCGACGUGGAGCAGGAAAAGAGGGAGAAAAUCCCCAAAGAGAUUGAGGAGGACAAGCUAAAGACUGAGGAAGAGGAGAAGGAGAAAAACAAAGAGAGGGAGAAAGCCAAAGACCUGCCAGGAGAGUCAUGGAAGUCAGAGUCUGAGUCAGAGCGUGUUUACACUCAGGUCUGCAGCUUUGAGAACAUCACCUACCACGUGGGGGACUUUGUCUAUGUGGAGCCGUCAGAGCCGAACCUGAAACCACACAUUGUCUGUAUUGAACGCCUGUGGGAGGAUGAAGCAGGUGGGAAGUGGCUCCAUGGCUGCUGGUUUUACAGGCCAAGUGAAACCUUCCACUUGACAACACGCAAGUUUCUGGAAAAAGAGGUCUUCAAGAGCGACUACUAUAACAAAGUGUCCAUCAGUAAAAUUCUGGGCAAAUGUGUGGUCCUGUUUGUGAAGGAUUAUUUCAAAAUGCAAGCAGAGGGCUACAGAGCAGAGGAUGUGUACAUCUGUGAAUCCCGCUACGCCGGCAGGAACAAGUCCUUCAAGAAGAUUAAGAUAUGGGCCGUGACCGCGAGCUCUGUGAAACUUGUCGCCCGGGAGGUGCCGUUGCCUGUUUUCCGUGUUGCUUCCAUGUUUGCCAAGCAUGACAAACAGACGGUUGCAUAUGCAGGCAGCGGAAGCUUUAUUGACAAGGAGAGAGAGGAUGUCCCCAUUGAGAUGAGUGGAGCUGACCCCGGCUGUCAGCACUAUGAACAGUUACCCUACAACAAUGUGUGGUUUAAAGUGGGAGACUGUGUUUACAUCCAGUCACAUGGUCUGUCAAAGCCCCGGGUUGCUAGGAUAGAGAAGCUGUGGGUGCAGAAUGGAACUACUUUCUUCUUUGGGCCCAUCUUUAUUCACCCUGAGGAAACGGAGCACGAGCCCACGAAGAUGUUCUACAAGAGAGAAGUGUUUCUGAGCCAGCUGGAGGAGACCUUGCCCAUCACCUGCGUCACAGGCAAAUGUAUGGUGUCCUCAUUUAAGGACUACCUGUCAUGCAGACCUACCGAGAUUUCAGAAGAGGAUAUCCUGCUGUGCGAGAGUCGCUAUAUUGACACAGAAAAGCAGAUAAAAAAGUUCAAGGGUCUGAAACGCUUCUCAUUCUCUUCCAAAGUGGUGGAAGAUGAGAUCUACUAUUUCAGGAAAGUGAUUGUGCCACAGAAGGAAGCAUCACCUGUUUUGGACAAGAAGAUCAAUGAGCUUGAGGUUAAACUGGCAGAUGUAGAUAUAGAUGAUGAUAUGGAAGAUAUGGACGAUGAUGACGAGGCUCCACGGACGCCGUCUCUGCCUCAGAUGCAAACUCCUCUUGCAAGCGAUACGGAUACCAUACCAUACACUCCGCAGUCCACUCCGAAGGUAAAGGGCUUAUCAAAGAAAGAAGGGGCCAAGAGGAAGAUCAACAUGAGCGGCUAUAUAUUGUUCAGCAGUGAAAUGCGAGCGGUCAUCAAAGCGCGAAACCCAGACUUCUCCUUUGGGGAGCUGAGUCGACUCGUGGGCACCGAGUGGAGGAACCUCGAGGCUACCAAGAAAGCCGAGUAUGAAGAACGUGCAGCCAAAAUAGUGGAUCAACAAGAGCGUGACAGACCACCUCAGAAGCAAGCGUCCCCAAGAGCAGGUACCCCCGUAGGGUCACUGAUGGGGGUGGUACCUUCACCUAGCGCUAUGGGAAUGAUAAACCAGACCAUGACACCUGUGUCAGGCAUGAUGGGAGCUUACGGCCCACCUUACAUGUCCAUGCAGGGCCCCCAUGAGGGCUUGUUGAGUGUGGCCACAAUGCUACCUCACCCUGCAGGGGGGCCCCCCCUGCCUCAUCAUCAUCUCCAGCAUGGUAUGCCUGGGUACCCUGGCAUGCCUCACCAGGGUAUGAUGGGCGCUGGUAUGAAUGGUAUGGCAGGAAGUCCGACACCAGGAAACUUUAUGCAACAGCCUGGGAUGUUCAGCCCAGGACCGCAUGCUCCCCCACCAUAUCCAGGACAAGGCACGUCUUCACACCUGCAGCCCACCUCUCCCAUGUUUGUGGCUCCACCACCAAAGACCCAGAGGGUGCUCCACUCAGAGGCCUACCUGAAGUACAUUGAGGGCUUGAAUUCAGAUUCUAACACCAUCAGCAAGUGGGACCAAACGCUCAGAGCUCAAAGACGUGACGCUCACCUGACCAAAGAGCAGGAGAGUCGGCUUCCAGCACACUGGCUGAAGAGCAAAGGAGCCCACACCACCAUGGCAGAUGCACUGUGGCGCCUGCGUGACCUGAUGCUGAGAGACUCUCUGAACAUCUGUCAGGGAUACAACCUGUAACUUGUAGGAGUAACCACUAGAGCCAGCUCACCCACUGCUCUUAUCCUCAAGCUAUGGAGUUUAGAAAGGAUGAUAGGCAAUAGAAGCAAUAUUUUAUAGUGAAUCAUGAAUCAAUUUUAUAUUUAUUAGCUAUUAUAAUGAGCUUCAUAGUUUUUUGUGCGUGCAUUUUCUUUUCUUUUUUACACCACAGGUUUAAUUGUGCUGCAAAACCUGUGUUGUGUUUCGCUUAUUGAAACUAUCAAAAUAAAAUUCUCAAUACCCUGUU